AUGGCGAGCAUCUCUAACUGUUCCUCGCCGAGCUUCUCUUGUCCAGUGAAUAGCAGUAGCUCUGUAAUGAACUCGACGUCUUCCCUCAAUGCUGAGACUAUGAUGGUUGAAGCUUCAGCUCAAAAAAAUAAAGAUUCCUUUGCAGAUCAAUCAAUAGUUGGGAGUCUUCCUCAUGUUGCUUCGUCUAUCUCCCAUGACCUCAACGCCGUAGUUGAAGCAUCACCUCAGGAGGAUGUCGAGGAGCUGUCUUGUAAUCCCCCAAAUGAUUUUGUUCCAUCAAUUGGAGAAUGGGCCAAACCUCUCGCAUUCGCACCACCUGCUACUCCUCCAACACCGGCAACGCCGUUGGACUUUGACCCGCAAGAUGGGUCUAUGAGUGAUGCUACGGCAAAUCUUAACAUGUCAAGAUUUCAAAAUUUUCAAGAUAUGGAAUGGAAAACAGCAUGA